CGAGACAGUCCUGCUACUUCCGCGUCGCGGCUGUGUUCAGUUUUGAUUGGAAGUGGUGUUCCCUGAGCUCCCUGCAGAGUAAUAGGAAAUAGAAGGACUCUUAUCUAGUGAGUCCCCCCCAAUCAAGCGAGUGUGUUUCUUGAAUAUUCAAGGAAGUAGCUGGAGAUAAAACACGAAACAAAGCAAGGAGGAAGUAGCUUUAUAGCUAGCCACUUAGACUUGGGCUCUGUCAUUUGCUGUAAACUUAUGGAAACAUGGAUUGCCUCUGUGAAAUAGUUCUAGCCUUAAUCGCAUUGGCAGCUCUAAUUAUUAUUAUGGUGCUGGUGUUUGCACACGUCACUGCAGAGACCGUGAACCUGACACGCCACGAGAAGGAGAAAUACUUCCUCACCGUGUCCGGAGAGAAGGAGCUUUUCCCCAGCCUGCAUGAUCCCCAUUCUAGGGAGCUCUCGGUGGUGAUCCCGGCCUACAACGAGGAACUCCGAAUGCCGGUGAUGUUGGAUGAAGCUACACAGUACUUGGAAAACAGACAGAAACAGCAGCCCUCUUUCACCUAUGAGGUCAUCGUGGUUGACGAUGGCAGCAACGACAAAACCACAGAGGUUGCAUCGCGGUACAGUAAGAAGUACGGUGCUGAUAAAGUGCGGAUCCUGACACUGGUGAAGAACAGGGGGAAAGGGGGAGCCGUGCGGAUGGGAACGCUGAGCUCCCGAGGGAAAUUUAUUCUGAUGGCAGAUGCUGACGGAGCCACAAAGUUUUGUGACAUUGAGAAAGUGGAGGCUGGACUUAAUGCCCUCAACCCGAAACCGGAGAAUAUGGCGAUUUCCUGUGGUUCCCGGGCUCACCUGGAGACCGACUCAGUCGCCGAGCGAUCUGUGUUCCGCACAUUCCUCAUGUACGGCUUCCACUUCCUGGUGUGGUCGUUCUGCGUGCGGGGGAUCAAGGACACGCAGUGCGGCUUCAAGCUCUUCACGCGCGAGGCUGCGCUCAAGACCUUCUCUUCUCUCCACGUCGAGCGAUGGGCUUUCGAUGUGGAGCUCCUGUACAUCGCCCAGUGUUACAACAUCCCCAUCGCAGAGGUGGCGGUCAACUGGACCGAAAUAGAAGGGUCCAAGCUGGUCCCGUUCUGGAGCUGGCUGCAGAUGGGACGAGACCUGGUUCUCAUUCGCCUGCGCUACUUCACCAGAGCCUGGAAACUGCAGUCGCCUCACAAGAUGGACUAGCCAAUCAGACGAGUCCUCUGGUGUCCUAGAGACAGCCAAUGACGGGGGAGGCCAUCAAACCUUUGAGGUGGGAUUAACAGCUGUGUCCGUCAUUCACUUGUCAUGGAGGACAAAGCAUAUCGCAUCUUUUUCCUCUCCGGAUGUCAUCGGGUGUGAAGUAUUGACACAGUUGGGAGUUCUUCACGGGCCCUGCCUUUUCUUUUUUUAAUGUUUGGGUUUCAGUGCUUGUGAUGGCCGCUGUUCCCGCGCACAUCUCUGUGGCCACGGCCGUCCGAAUGUCCGUAUGAGUGAUCCGUGUAUUAAGUUACUCAAUGUUUAUUUUGUGAGUAAACGAGCCUUGUAGAGAAAUGUGAAGGAUCUGAUAAUCUGUGCGUCAUCGUGAGGAUGGGUGGUAUGAACGUUACUGGAGGAGAUUUUUUCAAACUGGAGGGAUUGUAUAUUUGAGGAAACAUGGCCAUGGAUAGAUGGUCUAUAUGAAUUGAACCAAAAUAAAAAUGUCAAUGAUUUAUGAUUUUUAUAAUAGUAAAUAACCUUAUAACUAAAGCUGCAACAAUUAAUCAAUUAGUCUGUCAAUAGAAAUGUGAAUUCUGCGCUGCAAAUAUGUGGACAAUUGAUGUAUUGUUUAAAAAAAUUUGCAAACAUUUGAUCAUUGCAGAAGCUCAUCUAUGAGUCACCGUAGAACGUAUUUAAACAAUUGUUUUUUUUAAAGCAGACCUGAACAAGUG